AUGGCCUCUGGAUUUGGCACAAGCCGCAUUCGGCGGUCCAAGACUCAUGUGGUCCCAUUUCAGGAUCACGCUGGCCAACCCGCGCUCAGCACGUUUAACGCCGAUGAGAGCUGCCCGCUGCCUUAUCUCUACAGCUACUGCAUCUACUUCACCCACCCCAACGUCCGCCCCGAUGUCCCCCAUUCGGCAGACGCUGUGAGGCGGCUGUAUGAAACAAUUGUUAUCGAAAACGCACCUUUUAACCCGUGCGACUGCCUAUUCCGCCUAGACAUGUACUUCUUACCCAACGGAAACCGUGACGAAUGCAUGCGUCACUACCGCGCUGAGCGCGAUGCCCGUGGCAGCUACAUGGUUCAGGUCGAGGCCGUCGAGAGCAGCGCUGCUCAACCCACAGCCGAGACGGCCAGGAUGCCUGGUCUGGUGCCCUCGUAUGCGCGGCAAGAUAUGAGCAGACACAGCUACCACGCCCUCAUCUAUGUUUGUGACGCCCCCGACUGGCGCGGAGGCGAGGACGAGACUAUAACGCGCCUCGAGUUCGAGCCGCUGUCCCAGGGCGACUACGAACGCUUUAACAAAGACCCCGAAGACCAGCACGAACCCGACAUGCUCCCCGAGACGGCGGCCGUGCUCGAGACGAUUGGAAAAAAUAGCCCCGGUUUCGGCAAGCCAACCCCAGCCAUGCCCAGGCAGUCCAGGCUCGACGGGAGGUUUACCGAAAUGUGGUACAUGGCCGAUCACAUGUUUGACCGCGCUCCUCGUCAGCGCAUGGGCGAAGACGCGUGGCAAGAGGCCAGGGAAAGGGGCUGGACUUCUUGCCCAGUCAAGAUGCGGAUGGAGAGGAUGGAUAUUGACAUUGUCUUCACUGGACUUGGAACAUUUCGUAUUCCCAUCCUAGUUAAGGACGUCACAUCGGACCUGACAACCUUUCAUAGUCGCCUCUCCUUACGAAACAACCCGACGCAGUACGCAUACCCCCCAGAAUCCAGCACCAAAGUCUCGGCUCACGGCAGGGUUCCUUUCGAAAGUUAG